GCAUGAUGCCAACACCCCCCACCCCCCUCCAAAUCACACACGCACACCACAGACGCGCACGCAUCUGGCUGUGAUGCUGCUAUAUCCUUAUGAAACACACAUUUACAUGGGAGAGACACGCAGUCACACAGGUGCAGAAGUCACCUCAGAGGCUGUUUUACGCUUUAUUUAGAACUGAUCUGGAGUCUGUAGAGCUCCGUCCACCUGAGCAGGGCUACAGCCUGAAGCACCUUAAGAGAACCAGGCGAUAGACGGUUCCUCCGUCCAUGACACACGUCUGGAAGUUGGACGAGCUGCGUGCGUCAUGUGGCUGCAGAUCUGAGCUGAACGGCUUCGAGGUGCGAUUUGAUUUCAUUCUACGGACUCCGGCCUGAAUUCCAAGGAAAACCAAGCCGGUCCCCUCCCUUCCUUUUUCUCUGUGUGUGCGUGUGUGUGUGCGCGCGCGUCUCCAUCCAUUCACCGAUCCAUCCAUCUAUCCAUCCGUCCGUCUGUCCCUCUCCUCCUCCCCUUGGGGCUGCUGGACGAGCAGAGGAGGCCGUGAGAGGAGCAGAUUCAAUGAGAGAGGGAGGAAGGACGCUGCCAGGACAUUCGGGCUCAUUGGUGCGGACCAGAGCAGACUUUUUUUCGGGGCGGGGAUGGUGAGGGACUUUCUCGGCUCUGCUGCGCCUCGAACGGCCGAACCAAGAUCAUGAGAGGCUGCAGGGCGGCGGAGAAGCGGCCGUCGUCCUCUUGUCUUUGACGCCCCGUGUGUCCCCAGAUCAGCUACUGGAUGGCCGCGCAGGUGAGGGAUGGAAGCUGAUGGUUGCAACGAGGGAAGAUGCUGCUGCUGCUGAACUGAGAAAAUCCAUGUAUAGGAGCGCAAGACAACAAUGACACCGACGUUUCGAGGAAAAAACGGUAUUUUUCUUCCUCCUUUCUGCUCGACAUUGUGCUUUGUGAAAUAAGACUCACAUUUUUCCUUCUCGUCAGAGCGCACUGGUUAAACAGCUGGAAGGUGGCGGGAGAGACGUUCUAGUCACACACUGUAUCAAACAUUGCGGAUGUUUUAAAAUAAAUAAAUAAUCGUAGCUUUUUCUCCCGUUUUUGAUGCCUUCUAAGUCUUCGGAAACGCGACAGUUUCCAGAAUGCCAAGUUGAUCGUCAUCGCAGAUAACUGCAGGCUGCUCUUUAUUCAAACAUUCAUUUUCUAGUCUUGUUUCUGGAGGCCUGUGUGACAUUCGGGGCGGUAAGCUUGUCUUUACAUGCUAUCAUGAGGGUAAACAAAUGAGGCGUCCAGAAAGGUGCAGGAGCUCCGGCGCGCUCUGAUCCAGGACGACAUGAAACCUUCAUGUUAACUCCGGUCUCCAGAUGGUUUCAUGUUGGGGACAAAUCAUGCUUUCUGCGGACUGAAGAGCGGACAGAGACCGAGACGCCCCGCAGCUCUACCCUCCGGUGCAACCAGCCAGCCAACCGACCACACAUUUAAUUUCCUCACACCCACAGCUGGCCGCCGGCAGAGACGCGCAGAGGAGACGCUUCAUGGGCGUCCUCGUCUGCUGAACCAGGAGCUGCAGAUCCGCUCCGGCUGCAGGUGUUCAGCUGAAGACACAAGACAACCCGAUGUGCUUAUGAGACGUUCCGAUCCAGAUGGGAUGUAAUGUUGUGUGGCUGCACAGCUGAGCAUUGGUCUCCUUCUCCGCUGCUUCGUGAAGAUUGGCUUUCGGUGUCCACAGAAUGGCGCGGUUCGGAGACGAGGUACCGGCCAGGUACGGCGGAGGGCCCGGCGGAGGGGGCCCGGGCGGCCGCGGCGGUAGCAGGCAGGGUGGACCCCACGGACACGGUCACGGUCAUGGCCACGGCCACGGCCACGGCCACGGUCCACCCGGAGGCCCCGGGGCCCAGAGAAUGUACAAGCAGUCUAUGGCGCAGAGAGCUCGGACAAUGGCCCUCUAUAACCCCAUCCCUGUGCGCCAGAACUGCUUCACGGUCAACCGGUCGCUGUUCAUCUUCAGUGAGGAUAACUUCGUGAGAAAAUACGCCAAAAAGAUCACCGAAUGGCCUCCGUUUGAGUGGAUGAUUCUCGCCACCAUCAUUGCCAACUGCAUCGUCUUGGCUCUGGAGCAGCAUUUGCCUGACGGGGACAAGACGCCGCUGUCUGAACGCCUGGAUGAUACAGAGCCGUACUUCAUUGGGAUCUUCUGUUUUGAGUCUGGAAUAAAGAUCCUGGCACUCGGCUUCGCCUUCCACAAGAACUCCUACUUGAGAAAUGGAUGGAACGUCAUGGACUUUGUGGUGGUGCUCACGGGGAUUCUGUCCACUGUGGGCUCAGAUUUCGACUUGCGGACCCUCAGGGCUGUUCGAGUCUUAAGGCCUCUCAAACUGGUGUCUGGUAUUCCCAGCUUACAGGUGGUGCUUAAAUCCAUCAUGAAGGCCAUGAUCCCCCUGCUGCAAAUUGGCCUCCUGCUUUUCUUUGCCAUCCUCAUGUUCGCCAUCAUCGGCCUGGAGUUCUACAUGGGCAAAUUCCACACGACCUGCUUCGACAAUCACACAGGUGAGAUCAAAGAAGACUUUCCGUGUGGAGAUGAGCCUCCGUCACGGCUCUGUCCAGAAGGCACCACCUGCAGAAAGUACUGGUUGGGACCAAACUACGGCAUCACGCAGUUCGACAACAUCCUGUUUGCUAUUCUCACCGUCUUCCAGUGCAUCACCAUGGAGGGCUGGACUGAGCUGCUCUACUGGAGCAACGAUGCCUCAGGGAGUGCAUGGAACUGGAUGUAUUUCAUCCCCCUCAUCAUCAUCGGCUCUUUCUUCAUGCUCAACCUGGUGCUGGGUGUGUUGUCCGGGGAGUUUGCCAAAGAGAGGGAACGAGUGGAGAACAGGAGCGAGUUCCUGAAGCUCAGACGACAGCAGCAGAUUGAGAGAGAACUCAACGGUUAUCUGGAGUGGAUCUGCAAAGCUGAAGAGGUCAUCUUGGCGGACGAUGAAAACGAAAAUGAUUACGAUGGUUCCCGUAGGAGAGCUACAAAGAACCACAAGAGCAAAGCUGAGCUUCUAAACCCAGAGGAAGGGGAGGGAGAUCUGGCAGUAGGUUCACCGUUUGCUCGUGCCAGCCUGAAGAGCUCUAAACUCGAAGGCUCGACUUUUAAGCGGAGGGAGCGGAGGUUACGCUUCCUGAUCCGACACAUCGUGAAGUCUCAGGCCUUCUACUGGACCGUCCUGUGCUUGGUGGGCCUCAACACGCUGUGUGUGGCUGUAGUUCACUACGACCAGCCGGAGCCGCUCUCAGAUUUUCUCUAUUUUGCUGAAUUCAUCUUCCUGGGGAUCUUCUUGUCAGAGAUGAUGAUAAAGAUGUAUGGCCUGGGCAAGCAGGCCUACCUCAACUCCUCCUUCAACUGCUUCGACUGCCUGGUGAUAUGUGGGAGUAUAUUUGAAGUGCUGUGGUCCAUCAUCCAGCCGGGCACGUCAUUCGGCAUCAGCGUGCUUCGAGCUCUCAGGUUAUUGAGGAUCUUCAAAGUCACCAAGUACUGGGCAUCUCUGCGUAACCUCGUCGUCUCUCUGCUCAACUCCAUGAAGUCCAUCAUCAGCUUGCUCUUCCUGCUCUUCCUCUUCAUCGUUGUCUUUGCCCUGCUGGGGAUGCAGCUCUUCGGAGGACAGUUUAAUUUUGAAAAUGGCACCCCUUCGACCAACUUUGAUACCUUCCCCGCAGCAAUAAUGACAGUGUUCCAGAUCCUGACCGGUGAGGACUGGAACGUGGUGAUGUACUAUGGCAUCAAGUCUCAGGGUGGAGUCAACAAGGGAAUGGCCUUCUCUGUCUUCUUCAUCGUUCUCACACUUUUUGGCAACUACACUCUGCUGAAUGUGUUCUUGGCCAUCGCUGUGGACAAUCUGGCCAACGCACAGGAGCUGACCAAGGAUGAACAGGAGGAAGAGGAGGCUGCCAGUCAGAAGAUCGCUCUGCAGAAAGCCAAGGAAGUGGCUGAAGUCAGCCCGCUGUCUGCUGCCAAUCUCUCCAUAGCCGCUAAGGAGCAGCAGAAGAACCACAAUAAAGGAAUCAAUAAGUCGGUGUGGGAGCAGCGCACUAAGGAGCUGAGGAAGCAGACCCUAGCAUCCAGCCGCGAGGCCCUCUAUAACGAACUGGACCCCGACGAUCGCUGGAAGGUGAACUUUUCACGCCACAUCCGCCCAGACAUGAAGACCCAUCUGGAUCGACCCUUAGUGGUCGACCCCCAUGAGAACCGCAACAACAACACCAACAAGACCACUGCCAACAACUCAGACCUCUGCGUCAGCCAGCACCACCCUGCUGACGAGCUCAACAGGCAAACCCGCCUCCACGAGCACCACGGCCAGGUAGGAGGAGGCGGUGGAGGGUCGGGUCCAUCCAGGCCUCCGCUGGAACGCGGGGAGUCCACGGAGAGUAAACGGAGCCGUAAAAGCGACCACCACCGUGUCUCUCACCGGCUGGACGCUACGGUGAUCCCCGGGCCAGGCUCGGAGGAGAGGCCGUCCAGGCGCCAUCACCACACCCGGAGCGGCAGUCGAGGGGGAGGACAGUCGGAACACAGGAGGCCCAGGUUGCAUCGAAAGAACACAGAAGACAGCGAGGACGGCGCAGGAGGAGGAGGUGGAAAAUCAGGGAGGCAUAAGAGGAAAGGGGUGGAUGGAGGUGGAGAUGGAGGAGAGCAUGACGGAGGUGGAGGUGGUGAGGGCGUCGAGAGGAGGCCGAGGAGGAGUCGCCAUGGAAACCAAACAGACGGGGAAGGGAAAAGGAUGUGCCAACACAGAAGGAAGGACUGCAGUGUCCCGAACCUCUCCACCACACGUCCCAUCCAGAAGACCCUCUCCAGACAGAACAGCCAGUACAGCGAGGAUAUGGACAACCUCAUGAACACCAAACUGGUUUCCGGCUCCACUCCCCCCGGAGAGGGUCGCCCCAAUCCGAUGGCCAAUCACGCUGUAGCCCCCGCCUUCGGAUCUGCCCUCCACCUCGCUAACAGCGGCACUCAUGGAAGUUUGGUCACGUUGGACAGCUAUGGGAAUAUCGGACAUCACCGUGCCAACAGUGUGAUCAGGCUGCCUCACCCUGACUACACAGCUGUGGAUAUGCCAAUUUUUCCUUCCACCAACGCCAUACUGCAAGUUAAUAAAAAUGCCAACACAGAGCCUCUGCCAGCCAAGGAGGACAAGGACGACGAUGACGAUGAGAAGGGAGGCGAAGGAGGACCCAGGCCCAUGCCUCCAUUUAGCUCCAUGUUCAUCCUGUCCACCACCAACCCGUUCCGCCGGGCCUGUCACUACAUCUGCACCCUGCGUUACUUUGAGAUGUGCAUCCUGCUGGUUAUCGCCAUGAGCAGCAUUGCCCUGGCAGCUGAAGACCCCGUCUGGCCUGAAUCCCCCCGAAACAACGUUCUCCGUUAUUUUGACUACGUCUUCACGGGAGUUUUCACAUUUGAGAUGCUGAUAAAGAUGGUGGAUCUGGGGUUGGUCUUGCACCAGGGCUCAUAUUUCCGGGACUUGUGGAACAUCCUUGACUUUAUAGUGGUUAGUGGUGCUCUGGUGGCCUUCGCCUUCACGGGGAGCAGUAAAGGAAAAGAUAUCAGCACCAUCAAGUCUUUGAGGGUCCUGAGAGUGUUACGACCCCUGAAGACUAUUAAACGUCUUCCCAAACUCAAGGCUGUGUUUGACUGUGUGGUGAACUCUCUGAAGAAUGUGCUCAACAUCCUGAUUGUCUACUUACUCUUCAUGUUCAUCUUCGCUGUGGUGGCGGUGCAGCUCUUCAAGGGCCGAUUCUUCUUCUGUACCGAUGAAUCCAAAGAGUUUGAGCGUGACUGCAGAGGCGAAUAUUUGGUGUAUGAACGCGAUAACGGAGUGAGGGCGCAGAAGCGGGAGUGGAAGAAGUACGAUUUCCACUAUGACAAUGUGGCUUGGGCCCUUCUCACCCUCUUCACUGUGUCCACUGGAGAGGGGUGGCCGGAUGUGCUGAAACAUUCAGUGGAUGCGACCUAUGAGAAUCAGGGUCCGAGCCCAGGGUACCGGAUGGAGAUGUCCAUCUUUUACGUGGUGUACUUCGUGGUCUUCCCCUUCUUCUUCGUCAACAUCUUCGUAGCUCUCAUCAUCAUCACCUUCCAGGAACAAGGGGACAAGAUGAUGGAGGAUUACAGUUUAGAAAAGAACGAGAGAGCCUGUAUAGACUUUGCCAUCAAUGCCAGGCCUCUGACGCGUCAUAUGCCUCAGAACAAGCUGAGCUUCCAGUAUCGGAUGUGGGAGUUUGUGGUGUCGCCGCCGUUUGAGUACACAAUCAUGGCGAUGAUUGCACUCAACACGGUUGUACUGAUGAUGAAGUAUGACGGAGCUUCUGAUACCUAUGAAGACGUGUUAGCCAACCUGAACAUAGUGUUUACCUCGCUCUUCUCCAUGGAGUGUGUACUCAAGAUCAUCGCCUUUGGAGCUCUGAAUUAUUUCAAAGAUGCCUGGAAUAUUUUUGACUGUGUGACAGUUCUGGGCAGCAUCACUGACAUCCUGGUUACCGAGCUUGGGAAUAAUUUCAUCAACCUAAGCUUCCUAAGGCUGUUCAGGGCAGCUCGUCUCAUCAAGCUGCUGAGGCAGGGAGAAACCAUUCGGAUCUUGCUCUGGACCUUUGUUCAAUCUUUCAAGGCGCUGCCUUAUGUCUGCCUCCUCAUUGCCAUGCUUUUCAUCUACGCCAUCAUUGGAUGCAGGUGGUUGUUUGGAAAUAUUGCGCUCGAAGAAGAAGGAGAGAGCGCCAUCAACCAACACAACAACUUCAGGACCUUCAUACAGGCUCUGAUGCUGCUCUUCAGGAGUGCAACAGGAGAGGCGUGGCAUGAGAUCAUGCUGGCGUGUCUGGGGGGUAAAGACUGCGACCCCAUGUCAGGAAACACGGACCCAGAGUGCGGCAGCCAGGUGGCCUACCUCUACUUUGUCUCCUUCAUCUUCUUCUGUUCGUUCCUGAUGCUGAAUCUGUUUGUGGCCGUCAUCAUGGACAACUUUGAGUACCUGACCAGGGACUCCUCCAUCCUGGGACCUCACCAUUUGGAUGAGUAUGUCAGGAUUUGGGCCGAGUAUGAUCCUGCUGCUUGUGGCAGGAUCAGUUGCAGGGAAAUGUAUGACAUGCUGAGGCACAUGUGUCCUCCACUAGGCCUCGGGAAGAGGUGUCCAGCACGGGUGGCCUACAAGAGACUGCUGCGUAUGGACCUGCCCGUGGCCGACGACAACACGGUCCACUUCAACUCCACCCUCAUGGCUCUGAUCCGCACAGCGCUGGACAUCAAGAUCGCCAAGGGUGGCAUUGACAAGCACCAGAUGGACGCAGAGCUGAGGAAGGAGAUGAUGGCGAUCUGGCCCAACCUCUCCCAGAAGACUCUGGAUUUGCUAGUUACGCCGCACAAGUCGACAGACCUGACAGUGGGCAAAAUCUACGCUGCCAUGAUGAUCAUGGAGUACUACCGGCAGAGCAAGAUCAAACGCUCUCAGGCCCUCCGGGACGAGCAGAAUCGAACGCCAUUACUGUUUCAGCCCAUGGUGCCGCCUACCCCCGACCAGGACGGGGGUCCGGGACUCACCAACACUCUGCCUCCACCUAAGACCACGGAGACGGGCAACAGCCUGCCGGUGGAGGGGGGGGUCCCGGAAAGCCAUUCAUGGAUGACUCCUCGCGCUAAGGAAAUAUCCCGGAAGGUUGGCAGCUGGAGCCCAGAGGGACACCCUGAGGAUGGCUUAGGAAGCAUGACCAACUCCCAGACGGUAGAGAUGAGAGAGAUGGGGCAGGAUGGGUACUCGGAUACUGAGCACUUUCCACCAAUGGAAGGCCACGGCAGGGCCGCUUCCAUGCCCCGCCUCCCAGGCGACAACCAACAGCGGAGGAAAGGGAAGCAACGUGGCAGUAACCUCAGUACCAUCAACGACAGCAGUCCCAUGAGGCGCUCGGCCUCGUCGCUGGGUCACAGCAGGACCGGACGUGGCCACCGGGACAAAGGAGGGCCAGACGAUUACAACAUGGAGCGCACAAUACCAGAGGAGGGCAGAACGUCCAGACACGGACACCGGCGAAAAGACCGGAGCCAUCGGGCGUCUGAGAGAUCCCUCUGUCGCUACACGGAGGGCGACACAGGCCUGGGCACAGACCUGAGCACCACCACCCAGUCGGGUGACCUCACAUCUAAAGACAAGGAUCGUGGCCGGUCCAAAGACCGUAAGCACCACCACCAUCACCACCACCACCACGGCUCCGUGGACAAGGAGCGCUAUGUAGCAGAGCGAGGCGGCGAGUAUGGACACCGCCACUCCCGAGACCGAGAGCACGACCGGGAAAGGGAGAGGGAACGGGACCGACGCUGGUCAAGGUCACCCAGCGAGGGUCGCGAGUGCCUGACACACGGACAGGGCAGUAGUUCGGUCAGCGGAAGUCCCGUCCCCUCAACCUCGGGGACCAGUACGCCACGCCGAGGCCGCCGACAGUUGCCUCAGACCCCGGCGACACCCCGGCCCCAUGUCACGUACUCCCCUGUGGUCCGUAAGGCCAUGCCCACCCCUCCUGGGGGGCCGCAGGGCAGACCCCCAGCCCCGGCCCCUCGCCGCUUUUCUCCAGAGCCUCCCCAAGGCCAGGGUCCUCCCCCUGCUGGCCUUCCGUUGGCCCACCACGGUGCACCCCGCCAGGGUCAUCAUCCCCCGCCUCGCUGGGGGGACACAGGUGGGGGAGGGGGCUCCAUGGAGGGGGACGGCUGCUUCUACAACCAGGACUACCAGGACUAUGAGCCCCACCAUGAACCUCCUGCCUAUGAGCCAAACCCCAUGCAGGGUGGCAACCCCCACCCUCAUGCCCUGGCCAACCACCCACUGCCACCUCCCACGCAGCCACAGCCGCAUAACCCCCACCCCAUCCCUCCACCGCAGCCCCACCCUGUAAACAACCCCCACCCUCAGCCCAGUCGCACCUCCCCAAGGACUGCCCACCACGCGCCUCCCCCCACCACGGCGCUGACUGGGCCGGUCCAGGGCCAGGUCCAGCCUGCCGCUCAGCGCCGUCUGCCUAACGGCUACCGAUCUUCAUCGCCUUCCACUCAUCUCCAUGGACCCCCGCAUACCGGGCCUCACAAGGUCCCUCCUCCAGCUGGGCAUCCCCGGGGUCCCCGCAAGGGCCUGCAUGAACCCUACAGUGAGACGGAGGACGACGACUGGUGCUAGCCUCUGGGGAUCGGGGAGGGACGUGAGGAGGAAAAAUAAUUGAUAAUUUGACUGAAAGAAGAUGGGAAGCUCUGAGCCAGAGCACUGACUGCCAAGGGAAACCACGACUUUUCUUUCCUGUCUAUUCAAUUCUUUCCUCUCCUCCUCUGCUCGGCGUGUCCCAGGGAUGAUGGGCAUGAUGGAAGGACGGCUUUGGGAUAAAGGGAUGGAACAAGAAUGCUGAGGCAGAAUCUGGAGUCGUAGCGUAAGGGGUCAAAAAAACCACCUCCACGUUCUGCUCACAUUGUUGUUGAUCAUCUCUGGAAGCCAAUGAGACCAAUCUCCAAUAGGAUGCAGGCAGGAGGAGCAAUGGACACUCGUCUUUGUGUCUUAAAUUAUGCCUCUGGCAAUGAGCUAUAGCCACUUACAAGAUGUCAAGAGUUGCGACUCGACAAAAGACACUUUACAGUCAGAGACAAAAGAGCGACCACUUUUUUCUUUUUUUUUUUGUUUCUCAAAGCUAACUUCUGUCCAGUUAGCUGCAAAAAAAUCAAAUCCAACCCUCCCAGCCACCACUUGAAUAUUGAUGAGUUUUAUCAUCUGUGUUUUUAAAUAAGAACAAAACUGACAGAGAGCCGUCCGCCUGUAUGAGGUGAGGAGGCUACGUGGGUGGGAGAGUUGGGAAGCAUUGCACGGGGUUGAAGUCCCUCUGUGGAAAGCUCUGGAGGACAGGAUGGGUGCAUUGGGGAUGCUCACCCUCCCAGAAAUAAACUAUUAAACCAACCUCAACCUGUGACCUACGAGAGAAGAAAAGCAAAGAUGUGGCGAUGGGUUUCAGAAACAAAAAAACAAACAAACCAGUAACUGUUUUCUGCAGUAUUUCUUCUUCUAUUCCUGCAGCUGCUUCUUCUUCCUCCUUCUCUUCUACUUCUUCAAAACAUUGAAGCUUGAAUCUUCUGUUGCACCCCACACAGCUUCGUUUUUUAGACUUGCGGAGUUGUACACCCUUUGGAAUCCUGCAUGAAUGAUACAAAAGAAUACUAAUAAUAGCAACAAUGAGAAUCUACUGUCUGUGGAGGGAAAUGUUCCUCAGUCCUUUCUGUUGUGGUCUGUAGGGUUUCUCUCUUUUUUUAAUUAAAAAUGCUUUCUGUCUCUCUCUCUCUCUCCUCUGAAUGACAUUCCUCUCUGUGUACCUUCAUUUACACUAAAAUCAAUCAGCAGACGGUUAUGGGGAGAUCAGAUAAUUCCUGUAUGUAGAGGGAACAAAGAAAAUUACUUUUGCUUGCUUGUCUACUGUCUGUUCUGUGCCAAAUGCCUGCCACUGAUACAAAUGGAACUGCACAUAAUUUUUUGUGGAAGUAACUUUUUGUAACCAAGGUUUAAAAUGAUGAAAAUGGAAUGCAGGGUACAAACGUGGAUUUUAAAAAAAAGAAAAGAAAAAAAUGUCAGUGCUGAGUAAGUAAGUCUGAUGACAAAUCCGUCACAUGUCAAAGUCUUCCAGGGUUUGGGGGUUAAAGCAGAGGCAUCGGAGAGAAAGAGACCAACAGAAAGGAGAGAAACUCUUCAUCUUCCUUUUCUUUGUCACUGAACGUAAUAAUGGCUAACCUGAUAAAUCUUCUAACUUCAAAUGAUGGUAGGAAUGAGACAGAUUCUACAUGUCUGCUUUGGUUCUGUAUGUUCUGUUUUAUUGUGAGCUCAGCUUAUUUUUCCAACCCUGGGGUGGAGCUCCAAACACAGCUACAUUACGGGAGAAUGAGGAAAAAACACAAAUUUGAAUUUAACCAAAGGCAGCAAACAUCUGUCUUAUCACUCUGGAAUUCAGACAGUGGGUGGAUUCGACUCAAACAAGGCAGCGGCCCACAGGCUUCCACUCUGCUGCAGUUAAAACGUUAAAACCUCCUGUGACCUUCAGGUGGCGCUGUAUGACCAGCAGCGUGCCUCUGGUUUUUCUACCGCGCCCUUUACUUCUGAUCCAGAGGCGUCCUGCACAGUCUCUGCUCCAGUAAAACACUCAUUCUCUCACCAGUAGACCACCUCGUCUGUGUUCACACGCGUGUAAACACAGGCGGCGGACUUGUAGCACGGUUCAGAUGGGUUGGAGAAAAGAUGUCUGGGCCUCGUCACGGUCCUGGAAAGCACCUUUAUUCUGUGUAUGUGUCACUCCUGACUUUUAUUUCGAUCUGUGUGUUUCUCUGUGUGCCUCAAACUAACACUUGUCACUAACGCACACCACUGUCAGCCCCGACACCGUCCUUUUAUUUCACCUGCGUUUGAACCUGGAGGCCUAUCACAUGUUGACCAGAGAAUGCAUUGAACAAAAUAGAAAUGGAAAAAAAACUGCCUAUUAGUGUCUUUCCAACCUCAGUGGAAUGUCACAGACGAGUAUAUUUCACGUCACUACACUUUAAAUCAGAAAGCACCGUUGGUAUGUAGCUCCUGGUUGUGGUGUGUGUAAGUGGGUUUUUGCAUUAAUGUGAGUUACACGAGUGAGUGGGACAAAUUUAGGCUUUUUUGUUUGUGCUCGCUUCGGUUUCUAUUCUUUGUCUCCAGAAAUCCUUUUGAAAUCUCGAAAUGUUUCAGUCAUGUCACUGUAAUGAUCUUCGUGUGUGUGCGUGUGUGUGUGUGUGUGUGUGUGUGUGUGUGAUGAAACAUGCAACGCCCCCAAAACAUUCACCUUCCAUCUUUGUGUAUAUGCUGCAGUAAAUCCACUAACACGCUGAUUAACCACACAAAAUCUUCAAAAAGCAAUGUAAAGUCGCUACUGGGAGAAAAAAAAGAGUUUUUUUAAGUACAAAAGAUUUAAAAAAAAAAAGGAAAAAAUAUCUAGUUCCAGAAAUGCAUGUGCUAUGUGCAUGCCACACCGUGGGUUUAAAGUCAUCUUCAGGACAUAAAAAGAAAAAGCAGAUUAAUUAAUUCAGAGGAAUAAAAAAAGAAAAAAGAAAUAUAAAUAGAUAGAUGUUUUUAAAAAGCAAUGUUUCCUUUUUUCCUUCUAUUUUUGAGAACAAAAAAUGUUUAAAAAAACAAAAAAAUGUCUAAAGAGUAAAAACACUGAAGAGACUUUGGUGAGAGUCAAAGUCUUGUCUUUUCUUCUAUUACAUGGGGUUGAGGCACAACACGACCAUGUUCAGGACACCACAAAAAAAGAACUGUUUUUAUUGAAAAAAUGAAAAAACUAAGAAAAGAAAGUACAGUUCAGAAGAUGGUGUAUUCUCCCUUCUCCUUGGUGUGGGGCUCAGAGGCUGUCCAAGCCAAACCGAUGAUGCUCUCAUUCUGAUUGGCUGUCGGACCUCUGAUCGCCCACUCACUCCCUCUUUUUCUCUCUCUCUCUCUCUAACUCUGUCUCUCAAACACUCUUUACCUGUCGCACUCUCAACCAGUCUCACCGCUAUUUCUACCAGUGCAUUUUGUAAUUCCAAACAGAACUCUUCCUAAAGAAUAAAAUCCAGAGAGAAUGCA